ACAAUCUUUUCACUAGUACUUGCCAUUUUUAAAGUGGGAAAAAGAGCUUCCAAAUGUUGAAUCAAACGUUUUCUAGUCAUUGCGAACUUUUGUUAAUUGAGCCUUGGAUCUCAAUCUUUUCAUCUCAAUUUUGUUUCAAAGUGUGAUCUGGGAGGACUUGAGUUACUUGUCAUCGUGCUGCUGGAAACCUUUUCUGUGUAAUAUCUUCUGCAUUGUACAUACGAAGCUAGAUGGGUUCCAGAUUCCCAUCUCAUCAGCUCAGCAAUGGCCUUUAUGUAUCAGGUAGGCCAGAACAGCCUAAGGAAAGGACUCCGACCAUGAGCUCAGUAGCCAUGCCUUAUACUGGUGGUGAUAUUAAGAAGUCAGGAGAAUUGGGGAAAAUGUUUGAUAUCCCUAUGGAUGGCUCUAAGUCUAGGAAAUCUGGACCUAUAAGUAAUGCCCCUUCAAGGACUGGAUCUUUUGGAGGUGCUGCGUCACAUUCUGGACCAAUCAUGCCUAAUGCAGCACCUCGGGCAGGCUAUACCUCCUCAGGCCCUGGACCUACUGGAGGCAUGUCUGGUUCAGCCUCAUUAAAGAAGUCAAAUUCUGGACUGAAUAGACAUGGGGAUCCUGUAAAGAAAUCAUCUGGCCCCCAAUCUGGUGGAGUAACGCCAAGUGGACGACAAAACUCUGGUCCUAUUCCUGUUCUUCCUGCAACUGGUCUCAUUACAUCGGGGCCUAUCUCAUCUGGCCCACUAAAUUCUUCUGGGGCUCCUAGAAAAGUUUCUGGUCCUUUGGAAUCAAUGGGAUCAAUGAAGGUACAUGGUUCUGCUGUUGCACAUAAUCAGGCUGUGACUAUUCUGAACCAAGAUGAUGAGUUUUCUUUCAAGAGAAACUUUCCAAAACCUAUAUUAUGGUCAUUGAUACUGCUUUUUGUGAUGGGUUUCAUUGCUGGUGGUUUUAUUCUUGGAGCUGUUCACAAUGCCAUUCUCCUCAUUGUUGUUGUGGUUCUUUUUGGUACUGUUGCUGCAUUAUUUGCUUGGAACUCAUGUUGGGGGAGAAGAGCUAUUAUGGGUUUUAUUGCUCAUUAUCCUGAUGCUGAGCUCCGAAAUGCAAAGAAUGGGCAAUUUGUGAAGAUCUCUGGGGUGGUAACAUGUGGUAAUGUGCCUCUUGAGUCAUCCUUCCAGAAAGUUCCUAGAUGUGUGUAUACGUCUACUAGUUUGUACGAGUACCGAGGAUGGGAUUCUAAAGCUGCCAAUCCUACUCAUCGUCGUUUUACCUGGGGACUUCGAUUGUUGGAAAGGCGUGCAGUUGAUUUCUACAUCUCCGAUUUCCAGUCAGGUUUGAGAGCAUUGGUAAAAACGGGCUAUGGAGCGAGGGUGACUCCUUAUGUUGAUGACUCCAUCAUCAUUGAUGUUAACCCAGCCAAUGAAACAUUAUCUCCAGAUUUCAUUAGGUGGUUGGGAGAAAGGAACCUUUCAAGUGAUGACCGUGUAAUGAGGAUGAAAGAAGGGUAUAUCAAAGAAGGAAGCACGGUUAGUGUAAUGGGAGUUGUUCAGAGAAAUGACAAUGUGCUCAUGAUUGUCCCUCCGCCCGAGCCAAUGACGACAGGAUGCCAGUGGGGAAACUGUAUCUUCCCAGCUGGUCUCGAGGGUAUCGUAUUGAGAUGUGAAGAUACAUCGAAGAAUGAUGUUAUACCAGUUUAGUAGCAUGUCCAUUGUAAACUUUUCCAGCUACCGUCUUUAAAGAUUGAUUCUUUUCUUUUAUUUCUAUUAAGAUUUGGUGGUGCUGGUGGUGGCAGAGGUGCAUAUGAGUGACAGUAAUGGUGAUGGUUGGGGAUGGGGUAGGUCAUAGGUGGUGUGUUUUUUGUCAGUUUAACAUGUUGUAUAGCUCUUUUGUUUUUUUUUAAACUAGGGGGGAGUGGGGGCUCCAAGGCUUUUGUUAUGGGGUUGGCUUGAUCCUGGUAGGAAAUUUAAUGUGUUUGAGCAGAUUGCAAUUAUGUUAAAUAGAAAGAAAAAAAGGUUAAGAGGUAUUUAUUGAGUAUAUUGUGUUUGCAUCACAAUAUUUGCCUUGUUUUGUUCAAAUGUCCAAAUGACAAGCUGGAAGUUGUAAUAUAUCUGUUCAAGAAUGCUUUUGUUUUGUGUAAAA